AUGGAAGUGGGUAAAGAGCUUGUAUUACAUGCUCAUGACAAAGCAAUUGAUGUGCUUCAACGGGUAAAUCCUCUCCUGCUCACUUCAGCUACUGCUAUAACCACCUAUUCCUUAAUUUAUUUGUGGAAUCUUCAUAGAGAUGAUAUAGGAAUAAGAAAAAGGCUAAUGCGCACGCUUUUUUCGCUGAUCAAGCGGGUUCCUUCCGUGAAAAAGAAGAUAAACGACGAAAUCGCAAAAGCUGAGAAGUCCUUGCACCAAACAAUUCAUGAACACGAUGGU